AUGGAUAAAAAGAAAAGAUCAUCAGCUCAAAAGGCUGCUAAAAAAACGAGCGAAAACAUCGAUAAAAUACUAAAGGCCGAAAAACGAAGAUCAAUAAAAAACGAAACCAAAAUUGCAAGUGGUAAAACAACAGUUUUGAAACAAUUAAAAAUUAUUCAUGGAACUGGUUUCGAAAGUGAACGUCAAUCAUAUUGUAGGAUAGUUCGCUUGAAUGUGCUUACUGCAAUGAGAUUAUUGACAAAUGGACUCGAAUACUAUGGUCACACUUUAGAACCAAAGAAUGAGCCACAUCUUGAAAAUUUUAUUAAAUUGACUUUAAUAAAAGAUUCAUCAAAUUCUGAUUCCAUAGAUGUCCAAGCUAAUAUCAAAGAGCAGGAUUUGGAUGAGGAUGAUAGUGGUUUGGACUUUUUCAAUGAAUAUGCUGAAUCUAUUAAAGAAUUAUGGGCUGAUGAUGCAAUUAAAAAAUGUUAUGACCAUGCUGCUGAAAUUGGUUUACAAGAUUCUGCAAAAUAUUUCCUGGAUAAUGUUGAUAGGAUCUCCAAGGAAGAUUAUUUACCAAGAGACGAAGACAUAUUGCAAGCAAGAGUUAAAACAUUGGGAGUGUCAGAACAUAAUUUUCAAGUAGAACACUUAACAUUCAAAAUUUUUGAUGUUGGUGGACAUCGAUCUCAACGACAAUUUUGGGCUCCAUAUUUUGAAGAUGUAGAUGCAAUAAUUUUUAUGGCAGCAAUAUCAGCAUAUGAUCAAAAAUUAAAAGAAGAUGAUAGUGUUAAUCGUAUACGUGAUUCCAUCACACUGUUUAAAAAAACAUGUAAUAAUGACUUGUUUACAAAGACUGGAAUCAUUUUAUUCCUUAACAAAAUUGAUAUUUUGAAGCAAAAACUUGCAAUAUCACAAGUCAAAAAACAUUUUCCUGGUUACAAAGGUGAUAACAAGUAUGAUAGUGUUUCUGCAUAUUUUAAAAAACUAUUUUUGGAAUGUAAGAAAAAUGAGAAACAAAAUAUCUAUAUUCAUUUCACACAUGCUACAGACACAGAACAAAUGAGAAUAAUUGUAGGUUCGAUAGAUGAUCUUAUCAUGAGAAUCAAUCUUGAAAAAUCAGGUCUUAUCAAAUAA